CUCAUUGCAGCUGGACCAGAGUUAAGGAACAGAAUCUUGCUGAGCUCUUGCUGAGCCCUGCCUAGGCCCUCACCCCUGGGUCAGGAAAUCUGGAGAAUGAGGCCCUUCAGCCCUGAGGUUUCCCUAGACCUGCCCUGUGCCAUGGCAGCUCACCUGCUUCCCAUCUGCACCCUCUUCCUGAACUUGCUCAGCGUGGCCCAAGGAUCCAGGGACCCUGUGGUACCCAACCGGCCAUUCACCACCAUCUGGAAUGCAAACACCCAGUGGUGUCUGAAGAGGCACGGCGUGGACGUGGAUGUCAGUGUGUUUGAGGUGGUGGUCAACCCAGGGCAGACCUUCCGCGGCCCCAACAUGACAAUUUUCUACAGCUCCCAGCUGGGUACCUACCCUUACUACACAUCUGCUGGGGAGCCUGUGUUUGGUGGCCUGCCCCAGAAUGCCAGCCUGGAUGUCCACCUGAACCGCACAUUCAAGGACAUCCUGGCUGCCAUGCCUGAAUCCAACUUCUCAGGGUUGGCGGUCAUUGACUGGGAGGCAUGGCGCCCACGCUGGGCCUUCAACUGGGAUGCCAAGGACAUUUACCGGCAGCGCUCGCGGGCACUGGUACAGAAGCAGCACCCAGACUGGCCAGCUCCUUGGGUGGAGGCAGCAGCUCAGGACCAGUUCCAGGAGGCUGCACAAACCUGGAUGGCAGGCACCCUCAAGCUGGGACAAACACUGCGGCCUCAUGGGCUCUGGGGCUUCUAUGGCUUCCCUGACUGCUAUAACUAUGAUUUUCAAAGAUCCAACUACACAGGCCAGUGCCCCCCAGGAGUCAGUGCCCAGAAUGACCAACUAGGGUGGCUGUGGGGCCAGAGCCGUGCCCUCUAUCCUAGCAUUUACCUGCCCGCAGCACUGGAGGGCACGAAUAAGACUCAGCUGUAUGUGCAGCAUCGCGUCAGUGAGGCAUUCCGUGUGGCUGCGGCUGCUGGGGACCCCAAUCUGCCAGUGCUGCCCUAUGCCCAGAUCUUCUACGACAUGACUAACCGCCCUCUGUCUCGGGAGGAGCUGGAACACAGCCUGGGGGAGAGUGCAGCCCAGGGGGCAGCAGGAGUGGUGCUCUGGGUGAGCUGGGAGAACACAAGAACCAAGGAAUCAUGCCAGUCCAUCAAGGAGUAUGUCGACACGACGCUUGGGCCCUUCAUCCUGAAUGUAACCAGCGGGGCUCUUCUGUGCAGUCAGGCCGUGUGCUCUGGCCAUGGCCGCUGUGUCCGGCGCCCCAGCCACACCGAGGCCCUCCCCAUUCUCAACCCCAGCAGUUUCUCCAUCAAGCCCACACCUGGUGGUGGGCCUCUGACUCUCCAAGGUGCCCUCUCACUCAAGGAUCAGGUGCAGAUGGCUGAGGAGUUCCAAUGUCGCUGCUACCCUGGGUGGAGGGGAACAUGGUGUGAGCAGCAGGGCACGUGGUGAUUGGCACAUGCAUACAUUGAUACCUAAUGCACUCUGGGCCUGGCUAUGGCUUUCUCAAGUACAGACACAGUCACAGGAGUCAUGAUCACAGUCAGAAGUACACUCAGCCACUGUCAUGAGCAUAUGCUAGCACAUGCACAUGUGCUUACAGACCAGGAUAGUUGCAUGAGGAGUUAGAGCCUUGGGCACCCGCCCAGUAGGAUCAGAACUAUUUCCUCCAGAGACCCAAGCCAGUCUUUAAACUGCAGCAAUCAUAAGAACUGAUAUUUACUGGACGUA